CAAAGUAUGACUGAAGCAGAGCAAGCAGCUGAACCCAAAUGCAAGCCAUGUUGCGCCUGUCCGGAGACGAGGGUUCCGCGGGACGAGUGUGUCAUAGAAAACGGAGAGGAGAAUUGCCAGGACUUGAUCGAGGCUCACAGAGCCUGCAUGCUCAAACACGGAUAUAAAGUGUGAUAAGCAACAUCUGCUCUGUUGAUUAUUAUGCCUAUGGAAAGAGAACAUUGACCCGCAUUGACCACCAUGGCACUAUGGCAGGCCAGGUUUACUCUUACUCUGAAGAUAACAAGUGAUACAUUAACAAUGUCCACAUCUGGCUGUUGCUUACUAUUGUGCUGACAACAUUUUCAUACAAAAGUGGACACAAAUUUAAUUUAUUGUUCCUUUUAGUUUUGAAACUUACAAUUUUUAUGUACAAAAUACAGCUUUUAUAUAAGAUACCUUCUGAUUAACUGUCAUUUAAAGCUCGUGCUUUGAAAUGAACCACUUUUAUGCUGUGUAUAAGGCUUCAACUUAGUUCUAUUUGUUGAAUUAUAAUAAGGAUCCUUCACAUUAUCGUCAUUUUCCUCAUAAUAUAUAACAUGUACAUAUCCACUUUGUGUAGUGUGUGUACUCAUUAUAUGUGCCUUUGGUUUGACUAGGCACAGUUUCUGUAAUUAGCGGGGUGAUGUCGAAUUAUGUGAAAGAUCGGGAAGGAAUUAAACACAUUGUUUUAAAGUAUUAUCGUGCAUUUUUACACUUUAUAUAGCGUAAAAUAGUUUUAAUUUAUUACUUUUUCAAAUCAUGUUUUACUGCUCCCUUGGCCGUUAGACAACAAAUAUUGAUUUAUAUAGUGUAAGUAUCUUGAAACUAGAAAUACUUCUAGCUCUAGCCAAGAAAAUUGUAAUGAAUUGUGAAACAUCUAUCUGUGUAAAACGCUUAUAUGCAAUGGUUAAUCAAUUUACACGUUCAAUUCAUUAUAGGUAAUGACAAAGAAGCCACUGCUAAGCAGAAAAAGUAAAAGAGUAGCAAAACGACAAGAAGAUGAAAUAUACUGGUUAAUGCAUAACUUUCCCCAGGGUAUUGAGUACAGUGACCUCUGUGAGAAUGCUGCUGUAACUUCCCACACAAGUCCGACCUCCUCGAAAACAAGAGAUCUGUUGACAUCGGGAAACGACGUUUUCAGUGACGAAAGCACCGCCAAAGUUGCCAUGAAAAUGCCCCGUGUUCUGAGGUCUGGUAAGUCGAUUGUACUUGAUAAGUCCUCCCCUUCUGACGGUGAACAUUCUAGCUGUGGAGAUGCUGCUUCUGAAGAAGAAGAUAAGGCAGUUGACGAAAAAUCUCAAUCUGAAGCCGUUGACGAUUGUACAGAUUCCAACAAAUCUCCGAAGUUAGAUCUUAAAGAGAAGAAUGAAGAUACCCAUGAAGCUCAGAAGUUAGAUCAAAUGGAGAAGAGUGACGAUGAUACACAGGACAGUAAAUCGACCCCAACUGAAGCAGACAGUACAGCAGUUAGUAGGCGCAUAAUAACUAGGAGUGCGAGAUCAAGAUCAGAUGUUGGAAUUAUUGAGAUGGCAGAACUUCCACCAAAAGUUAGGAAAAGGCAAUCAGCUCCUGUUCUGAGGAAAUCUUCGUCUUCUGAGAGCGAGGAUUCAGAAGCUGAGAGUCUUACCCCAGAAGAGAAGAUUCAGCUGGAAAAGGUUGAGCUCUUGAAACAGCCGAAAUUCAAAGCUGGUCCCGGAAAAUUAUGUACAAGGAGUGGGGCUACGUAUGAAUUUUCCUGGAAAUCUUCUAAACGAUCAGGCAGAAAAGCAAAAACGAUUCAAGAAAAAUUAGACCGAGUUGAAGCAAUCAAACAGAUGAUUACCAGAUCUGGAAGAACAAGGCAAGAAUACACAACUCCAAAAGAAGACGUUCCGUCUGUUCCUGUAAUCCCAGGACUUGAAAAUGUCACUAUUAAGGUAGAGCAAGAAGAUGCUGACAUUAUAUCCCCCUCAAAGAGUUUUAAGAAAAUCAAAGUUGGUCCUCCAAACCCAGAUUAUUCGGCCUUCAUGUUUCCUGGAUCGAAUAACAGCAUUGGUUUCACAGCUCCUAGACCCAAAUCACUAAAUCUUCCAGCAAAAAGGAAGCGGAAACGGCUCUCCCUUCUACCCACCCAGAAUAAUGAAGAUUAUGACUUCUCUGCAACUUGGUUGGAUGCUUUGAACAUGAACCAAUCCCCGAAUUCCUCCAAGGACUCUCCCGCUUGUUCGAGAUCUGAGUCCCCAGUCAGUCCAGUCAGCUCUGUAAGCUCAGAUCAGAUAGCAGUGCCUGCCAAAAGGAGAGGUAGGACUGCCAGUUUGAAUUGUAGGGCCGUCCUUUCUGCUCUCAUUAAGCCGGAGCCUUCGCGAAAAGCUUUAAGAAAGUCUCCGCCCAAGUUUGUUUCCAGUCCUAAAACAAAACAAGUCAAACUCGAGGGUGAACCUGAAAAUUUCUUUAAAAUUCAGGUAACCCCAUCUUUCAGUCAAAAGGUUGAGUAUGUCAACAACGGUUUGUCGUCAAAAAUUGUCGAUUCUCCAAAUUCCCUUAAAGCUCACGAAGCUCGAAUUCUUGCUGGGGUGGACCAAGCCAGUGUAAAGACGAACGGCUGGACCUGGAAGGGCAGUCAGGUGUGGUGCUGUUCUUUUUUCAGAGAAACUAAUAUCAAGACUACGAGACUUUAUUUUAGCGCUAUGGAACGGGACGGGGUGGAAUUGAGAGUGGGAGACAGUGUGGCAUUGCAAGCUAGUGAUCAGGACAAGAAACCUUUUAUUGGUAAGAUAAUAGCCAUGUGGCAGGAGAACCUGGGCGAGAUGAUGGUAACAUUGUGCUGGUUUUACCGACCUUCAGACCUGGAGAACAUCAAGUCUCCGUACGGGUCCCAUGAACUUUACCUCUCCAAACAUACGGACGAUAACAGCGCCGCAACAAUCCAGAACAAAGUCUACGUCCUCAGCUUUCCAGAAUAUUGUAGGUUUUAUGCUCACCAAGCACAGACAGAACGGAAUAUUUCCCAGUGCAAGGUUGUGCCGAAUGUUAUAAAAUGGCGGGACCAGGUCAUUCCUUCAGCUGUUGCUCCCUGUGACAGUAUAUAUUUUUGUAGGGGAGUGUACGAUUUUAGACUGAAGAGAACGUUAAAGCAACAGCUUUAUUAUACGAAGUACUUGUAAAAAAUUAUUUCAUGCUGCCCUAAAAUCUGCUGAUCCUGGGUCCGAUGUAAUCUCAGCAUCUCUCAGUUAACCUUAAAAUCUCCCUCGUAAGCAUCAUCCACCUCAAACUCUGUCGUGGUGAUGAUUUCCACUUCUUGAUGUUCUAUUUUAUUAAUUUGACAGAAAAACUUGAAUAAUUUAUUUUUAAUACCGCAUUUAGAUUUAAAGGGAAAUAGUCAUGACUAUGAUAAUGUUAAUUUUUAUUAAAUUAUGACUAAGUGAUAUUUUAGUAGCACUGUUUGGCUAAUAAACGCGUCGUUUACCGAGGUAAUAAUUAAUUGAUUUGCCUUGCCUUGUCGGUUUUGUAUUUUGAUGUAUUUGUGUUAAAUUGUAUCUAUUUUCUGGUUACUCCACAUUUUUAUUGGGCUCGGCUGUUUUAGUGUUUUUUUCUAUUUAAUUUUAAACUGAUUCAUCAUUUACUUUCUAUUUCCGAUCACUAGAUCUUUGAUGUGUUAAAAACUAGUACUAUGAUAUCGCGUCAGGAUUAAUUCUACUGUCUACAUUCAGACACCUUUGUGCUGUAUUCCAAUUGAUCUGAUAAACUAUAUUGUUUGUUUUUACGCAAUGACAUUGAAAGUUUUACUGCAUGUUCAUUCAAUUUAUUUGAUAGUAAAGUUUUAAAAUUCCCCCAUGAACAAUUUCCAAGAUAUUGAAUUCCUUUCACGUUCAACUUUUACAGGAAACAUUAUUGGUAUGUAGAGGAUGGUCGAGAGCAGUAAAUAUCUGGGUCUUCUUCACUCUUCAUGACCAGCCCCUACCCCCUGAACAGCAAAGACAAGAAAGAUCUAGAGGUUUACUUAAAACAGUUUUGUUUCAAGUCCAUCCAGACAAUAAUAUGUUCUCGCAAUGGCACGACCAUCUCCACUGACUCCAGUUCCAGGUCCCCGAGCUGGUUUAACAUUGCAAUCGCUGAUAGUUCAAGUGUAGCCGAGGAUUGUAAACAGAAGGUUAAUGUCAGUGAUUUAUUACACGGGAAAACUAUUAACUUGACCGUUCAGCUUCAUUCUCCAGACAAUGAAAUCAUGACCCUGGAAAUUUGGACGUUUUCUUUGGAGCGGAAGUACGAGCAAGUGAAGGUGACAUUUACCGUGUACAAUGCACUGUGUCUACUGUUGCGUAGUGUGGUGGUAGCAUCACGUGCCACCCCCACCUACAAGCUUACUCGCAAGCAAACUACCGGGGGCUUCUUCUACGUUACAUACCAGAUCAGCACUGACGAGGCCAGGGUCGGCGAGUUGGGAGACAGUGUGAAAUCAGAACGUAUCGGAGUUGUGGCCACUCCCUCCGGAACUCUGACCACCAGCGUGUUCUACAGAACCACACUUGAGAUACCCUCCUCCCCACCCAACAGGUCUCCGGAGCGGCCCUCGCCUAGUUUGGAGCAGAUAACUGAUACCACCAGGUCAAUAGAGUCUGACUCUCUCCCCUUCUGUCCAUUCGCCGACACCACCCUGCCUCAGUUGUCAGAUUCUACCUCCAAUAACUUAAUCUCGGAGAAGGAGACACCAUUCGCCUCUCUGCUAGAAUCUGCGUUUCCGUUUUCUCAGACCACGUCUACUGAACCAUCUGCAGUGUUCGGAAACUCUCCGGGACAGUCAGAGGACGUUCCCAGCAGUCCUCUCACAAUAUCUACAACCACUCCUACCCCUUGUCUAUUUGGCUCUCCUCGAAUACAAGAACUCCAGAAAGUAGACGUCAUGACUUCCGACAGUUUUGUUCUUAUAGCUCCGUUUGCUUCUAAUUCCCCAGAGGACGUAGGGGCCUUUUUCAGGGACUGUGCUAGCGUGCCCAAGUUAAAACUCUUCUCUGAGUCUGAAUCUCAGAGUUCUGUGGUGAACCCUGCUGAAGUCGAGCAAGAUGUGAAAGAAAUUGAGGAUUUUUUGAACGAUCUGUCGAUUGAUGACCUGUCAUCCGGAUGAAUUUCCCAAAAUAUUCACAACCGAUUGUCCUACAUUUCCCUUGAGUACUACCCCAUCCUGGGUGCUCUUUUGGUUUUAUAUCAGAUGUUUAGAGUUUAACAAAUCGGAGUUUUAUUUUGAACGGUUUGUUUUUCAUUUUAUCUCGCAGGCUUAAGAUGCCUGUCGAGCAGUUAUCUUGUAAAGAGUUUUUGAAUGUUCUUUGACAUUCUGGUUAAACAUAUAAAAGUUGUACUCUAAUUGUACUCUAAAUGUACAAGGUUAUGUAUAUAAUAGGAACUUUUGAUGUGAUUAAUGUUGGUUUUUGUACGCAGAGUUGAGAGAAGCUCUAACGAAUGAAUUAUAAAUUUACCUUAUAAUAAUAAUGUGAUGAUUGUUACUUUAAAUAAUAUA